CAUUCGCAUUCUUCGUUCAUUCAUUGUUAUUAAGCGGUCGCGGUUUGUCAGUGCGCGUGCAUUUGUACACUUCGACAGAACGAAAGUUUGACACACUGAAACACAUUUCAAUCUAAAUGUUCUAGUACGUUGACAAUUUAAAACGUUACAUGCAACAGUUUCUCAGUUCAGUGAAUCAUGAUAAGAGACUGCAAAUUUUAAAUUCCACUUGUAUAAUGUUUGUUUGCAACAACUGUGAUUGAUUUUUGAUAAAAUAUUGUGAUUAAGAUGGGUUUCAUCAAGGAAGAAAAGACUGUACCAUAUCCAAAAUCAGUAUUCUUCAUUGUCAGCAAUGAAUUCUGCGAAAGGUUCAGCUACUAUGGCAUGCGAACAAUUCUCAGCUUGUACUUACGCGACAUCCUCCUCUUCUCCGAAAGCGACUCCAAAAUCAUCUACCACACCUUCGCCAUGUUCGUCUACUUCUUUCCAGUUUUCGGGGCUAUCCUCUCCGACAGUUUCCUAGGAAAAUUCCGCACGAUUUUAUACGUCUCGAUAGUAUAUGCUUGUGGAAAUGUGCUUUUGUCUUUAGCUUCCGCGGAACCAAUAGGUUUACCCCAAAUACCAUUUUCCAUGAUCGGUCUGCUACUUAUCGCACUGGGAACCGGAGGAAUUAAACCCUGCGUAUCAGCAUUUGGAGGAGAUCAGUUUGUUUUGCCUCAACAAGAACUCCAAUUAGCCUCUUUCUUCUCAAUGUUUUACUUUUCCAUCAACGCUGGAAGUUUAAUAUCGACGUUUCUAACACCAGUUUUGAGAGAAGAUGUGCACUGUUUUGGCGAGGAUAGUUGCUACCCCCUUGCGUUUGCUGUCCCGGGAGUACUGAUGAUUGUAUCAAUAGUCGUUUUCGUUCUUGGUAAACCCUUGUAUAAAAUUAGAGAACCCGAAGGAAAUGUUGUAGUCCAAGUAUCAAAAUGCAUUGGACACGGAAUUAAACAAAAAUUCCGCUCUAGUGAUAAAGUCGACCAUUGGUUGGAUCGUGCUGAAGCAAAAUACGGUAAAACUCUAGUCGACGAUAUCAAGAUAACUUUGAAAGUUUUGGUCCUUUUUAUUCCUUUGCCCAUUUUUUGGGCAUUGUAUGACCAACAAGGUAGCGGUUGGACGUUUCAAGCAACCAGAAUGGAUGGCUACAUUGGUUUUUACACAAUUUUACCCGACCAAAUGCAAGUAAUCAACCCCCUUUUGAUACUGUUGUUCAUCCCGUUGUUUUCCUACGUCCUGUAUCCAGCACUUGCAAAAUGCAACUUGCUCAAAACACCUCUACAACGGAUGGUGUGUGGAGGGUUGUUAACAGCGGCUUCGUUUGCAAUUUCUGCCGGAGUUUCUUUUGCUUUGGAAGCUACGUAUCCUGUAUUGCCAACGGAAGGAAACGCCCAAAUAAGAAUCUACAAUCCGCUUCCAUGUGAUGCAAAACUGACUGUGCUGCCAUACAUUGAAAGCCGAGAAAUUAAAUCAAUGGGGUACACAAAAUUAGACAUCGAUGGUAUUCAAGGAAGCAAACUUUAUGAUUUCAAAAUAACAGGAUGCGACUCUUAUAUUAGUUACACAAGUGGAAGUGAUUUUAAUAUCACUGAAAAAGAAGCUUUGCUUUACUAUAUGCUGCCAAAUGAAUUCGCAAAACUUGUAGAUAAUAUCGAUAAGGACGAGAAAGGGCUUCCGAAAAUUCGGACUUUGGUGAAUCCUUCAAAAUCAGACCUCAAUUUGACUUAUUGGGAUUCCGAUAAGGAAGGUUUAACUAUGUCAGCCGCUAAUAACUCUUUGUUUACUAUCAGUCCUGGAACUUAUAAACUUGAAAAAUACAACAAAGAAUUAAACUUUUAUCUUGGAGGGGUUUACACAGUUGUGGUGGCAUUAAAUGACUUAAAUCAAGUGCAGAAAGUCGAAUAUUAUGAAAUUACGCAACCAAAUAGUGUCCACAUUUUGUGGUUAAUCCCGCAAUAUGUGGUAAUCACUGCAGGAGAAAUAAUGUUUUCUAUUACGGGAUUAGAAUUUUCGUACUCCCAAGCUCCGAUUUCCAUGAAAUCGGUGUUACAAGCUGCCUUCCUUCUAACUACAGCCGUUGGUAACCUUAUAAUCGUCAUUAUUGAAUCAGCUAAAAUAUUUGAAAAACAGUCGGCAGAUUUUCUACUAUACACAGGUUUGAUGGUUGUGGACAUGAUAAUAUUUGCUUUUAUGGCAAUGAGAUAUAAGUACAUAAAGAAAACAGAAAACAGCGAUAACGAGGAACUUGAUAAAAAGUUGGAGAAGAAAGAAAGUAAUGCCAUCGAAAAUCCAGCCUUCAAACAUAGCGACGGCGACGGUGAUGUCUAAUAUUACUCCUGUGGAGUAGAAAAUGUACUUCAUUAAUUAAUUUAUUGAUAAGCAAAUCGAUUUGUGUAAAUAUGUAUAAAAGAUAUAUGUAUAUUUUUAAUAGAUAUGGAAAACAACAAUUAAUAAAUGAUUUAAAAAUA